ACCAUCACCAGCAGCAGCACUGAGGAGCCCCACGCAGCGGCAGAGAAGGGAGGCCCCCCCAUAGAGUGGAGCCAGGCCACGCCCUCCCCCUCCUCCUCCCCAUGGAGCACCGGCAUCCAAGCUGGACUAACAGUGGACCAGUUUGGACUGCUCUACAAGGUGUCUGCCUUUCCCUCGCCACCACCGCCCUCCGCGGUGCUGAGCCUGAGCGCCCUGCCCCCCGCCUCCUCCGCCUCUUCGGCCUUCGGGGGCGUGGCUUCGCCCUUCCUCCAGGCCCCUGGGGCACCCUUCCCGCAGGUGCACUUUGCCCAGCUGCCCCCGGCCCCACUGCAGUUCCUGGGGGGGCCCUUCUCGCUGCCCUACGCUCCCCAGGGAUUCCUGCCAGGCCACCUGCUGCCCACCACCGCCGGGCUCCAGGGCCCACCCCACUUAGUGCCCUUCGUGCCCCUACUCCAGGAGGACCCAGGCUCUCCUCGGGCAGCACAGGACGCGUUCGGCAACAAGGCGCAGGGCCGGAUCCCUGUCUACUACCAGGUGUCCCACCUGCCCCCAGGAUAUGCUGCAUUCGAGGCCCCCAUGUCCAGCCUGGGACCGGAGCCGUCCCUGAGGGAGAGCAACCUCAGCCCUGAAGGAACCACAGAGAAUGGGUUGCAUGUCCAGGAAAGCGAGGCCAAGGGACGGUGGCCUCCAGCGGACCUGGAGGUGCAGCAGGUGGUGGGGGUGCUGGCCUUCCAGGGCCACUCUGGGGCUUCUGCUCCAGAGAGAGGCAGCCCGAGUCCCCUGAACCUCUCCCACGGCAGCCAUGGACAGAAGGCAGACUCAGACAGGAACCUCUCGGCAGUUGCUCUGGCUGCAGCAGCUGACAGGAGGCCCUCAGAGCAGGAACAGGAGCAGCUUUAUCCCGGGCAGAUGCUUGCAGGGACAGCGGUAGCCAAUGGGAAGCUGGGCCCCUUCCGUCCGGCCAUUCGUGACUGCGUCCCGGGGUCCCCGAGCCCAGAGGAGGGGGCGGCAGAGUGUGCCCCCCGCUCCCAGGGCCACCUGCCCUCCCACUUCAUGAAGGGGGCUAUCAUCCAGCUGGCCACUGGCGAACUGAAGCGAGUGGAGGACUUGCAGACCCAGGAUUUUGUGCGUAGUGCGGAAGCCAGUGGAGGCCUGAAGAUCGACUCCAGCACGGUGGUGGACAUCCGGGAGAGCGCCUGGCCAGGCCUUGUGACGCUGCACUUUGUGGUGGGGGAGCAGCAGAGCAAGGUGAGCAUUGAUGUGCCUCCCGAGCACCCUUUCUUUGUCUACGGCCAGGGCUGGUCCUCCUGCAGCCCCGAGAGGACUGCCCGGCUCUUCGCCCUCCGUUGCCAUGGCCUCCAGGUGGGCGACGUCUGUGUCUCCAUCAGUCUCCAGGGCCUCAACGGCCACCCAGCUUCUCUGGCUAGCCCUGAGGGUGGGGAGAGGCCCAGCCGAGGCAGGCAGGGCGUCCUGCGGGAGCCCUCAGGGGUCCCAGCUGCAGAGAGGAGCCCCCCAGGGCUGGGAGGAGUGGGAAGAGGGCCCUCCCCAGAGGUCUCCCAGUUCAGCCCCGCUGUCUCUGCACUCGGCUGGGCAGGCACCGGUCCCCAGAGGCUCGGGGAGGAGUCCCUCAGGCCGCCCCUCCUGCGCCCCUCCUUCAUUCCUCAGGAGGUCAAGCUAUCUAUUGAAGGCCGCUCUAAUGCAGGGAAGUGACCCUCUGGAGAACUGCAUUGCUUUCCUGCAAGGCCCAAUCGGGCCUCUUCUGGUCUGGUCUGUGCUCAGACCUCCCUGGUCGGUCGCCCAGGACCCCACCCAGCCUUCCCUGCAGCCGUGCGCCUCAAUGCAUUCCACUGAGAGAGCCCCCCUUUCCACCAGCAGGGCGGUGUUUAGGUCAAGAGUCAGGGCAGACGCAGGUGGGGGAGCCCUUGCUGCUCUUCUUCUGGAGGCAGGGGGCAAACUUCCAAGACCCCUCCUCACACAAGCACUUUACUAGGUCUCUGGCUUACUUACGAGGAGAAGCACUUGUGCCAGGCGCUUGCAGGGAGACUGAGCAGGCAAGGGCCAGGCCUAACCUCAGACAGCAGAGAAGCCCUGGAUUGCCUUGGGUUGCCUCAGCAGCACGCCCUGAGUCUAGGAAGCUCAUGCUCCUCACCUGGGACCAGGGAGAAGGUGGCCUCCGCAGUCCCUUUGAGUCUCGUUCCAAGUAUGCAGCCUCUGCGCCCUGCAGCUGAGUGGGAGCCAGAUCCAAAAAACAAGCGAGUUUGGGAGAUAGCGUGUGUAUCCGAGGACCCAUCCACACUGUUUGUCUAUACAGGAAUGGGCCCUCUAGGCUCCCUGUCUGUGGACAGUGUCCUUCCCCUCCUGUGUGGCUGGUGUUCCAGUCCCUUCCUGCUGUAACAGGGCACCUGAAUCCUGGGCCCUUCUCAUCCAGGUAGAGCCCUUGGUCCCUCUGGGAAACAGAGCCACUCCAUCGCCAACAUCAGGGGAAGAAAGCCUGCCUUCCUGGCUGCUGACCAUUGGGAGUACAAUGCAGCACCACCAUGCCACCUGAUUAGAGGGCUGAAAGAGCCCAAUGCAGGCCAGGAAAUGUUGGGGUCCCAGCUACAGAGGAAGAGCUCUCCUCUCACUCCACCCCCCGGCAUGUGCCCACUCCUUUGCACAGAGAGGCAAACAAAAUUUGAAAAAUUUGGAGAUGGCUGGCAGUUAAACCUGAGGUGCUGCACCAGCUUUCCAACCUAGUCCCCUGCCUGCCUCAGAGUUGGCCCUCAGGCCCUGCGGUUUUUUCAGGGCAUCGUAAAGCAGCAGCUUCUCUGAUCAGCCCUAUACAAAAAGCAAGGGAGGACUUGGCUUUCCUUCCGGAGCCUUUCUGGUUUCUUCACCUUGGGACCAGGGAAAAGGAGGCAUUUGUGUUUGUCUCCAAGUGUGCAAUCGCUGGCAUUGGCACUCUGUGCUGUCUCUGCCUGCAGCAUUGCCACUCCUCCAGCUGAGAGGUAGCAGAGGCAGGAGGACAGCUUUGGGGGCUGUUGGAAAGUCCCUUCCCUCCUUUCUUUGGGGUUCAAAUGAGCCUUGGGUGAGCCUUUUUCUCAGCUUUCUCUGACAUGAUCCACAAUGUAUUGUUUUUGUCCUGCUAAUUGUCUGCUGUGCUCCUGCUGCCUGAGGCAGCCUGUCCCCAACUGGGUUGUUGUCAUCCGCAGCAGAGGGGCCUGGGCCGCUGCUCUUCCUGAGACGGGGGUUCGGGAGCCCAGGUUCCAGAGCAAUAAGUCAUUCCCUCCCCAUACCCUACAGCGGGCCCCUUGCCCAGCAGUGCCUUCCCCAUGGGGCCCCAGAGCGGCUCUUGGGCUGGUCUCAGCCCAGCAGCUUCUUUGCAGGACUCCACAAUGCAAGGCAGGCAGGCAAGGAAAGAAGGCGAUGUUGUGGCCCCCGCUCCCCGCCUGGGCCCCUUGCAAGCACCUUAGUCCCACGUGCAAAUGUGUGCGCAGUGCACCAGGAGCCCCAGCCGCAUCCCAGGCCAAGCCUUAGGAGUAGCUGUCUGCCCGGCCCUGUCUCUCCCACCUACCCUUUACUGAAGCAUUACUAGUCCAAGGGGGAUAAUCUAUUUUGUUGUGCUUCUUUUGUAUCUGUUUUAAAUAAAUCAAUUUGUACUGUAUAUUUGUACUUUUGAGUCAGAUCCCUUUCCCUGUUUUACCAUUUAAAGUCUCUGUACACACAGAUUGUAUUUUUAUUGUUAACGCUCUUACAGAUACUGCAUUUAACUUGCUGACCAUGUAAACAGUAUAUAUGCAUAUAUCUAUAUAUCUAUAUAAUUAUAAGCCUAUAGCUUUUA